GAUUCGGGAUUUCCCAGAUGUACCUAUUCUAGUAAAGAGAACUUUGGAAAAUGCUUGCUUCUUUACUGGGAGUUGGGGGUUUUCUAGAACGUUGACAUUAUCCCGAAUCUCUCUAAAACCUAACAGCACCCUGUAAGGGGGCUGUCAGGAGUACUGAGCCCCAGCAUCGACCUAAAACCCUGGGUGAUGCAAAGACUCGGUGAAGAUGGAGGAGAAAGGAGAAAUCGGAGGGAGGCCUGCCAGGCCCCCGGAUGCUCGAGGAAUUGCCGAUCCCUUGCAUGCUCUUUCUGAAGAGAUGGGACGAGCCAUGGGGGCUGCAGAGGAAGCCCUUCGACUUGGGGUUUGGGCCGAGGCAUCAGAUUCCUGGGAGAGUUUUGAGCGGAUGGAAAUGGGGAGCUUCACCCCCCCCUUCCCAACCACUGGAGCAAGCACAACCUAACACAGACUGGCGUUUUUCUCAGGCUCAGAGACCAGGAACUAGUGGAUAUGUCGCACUCAGUGGGCGGGGGAGAGCCAACUAUCAACUUCAAACCAAAUCUGGCUGCAGCCAUCUUUCUGUUCCUCAGUUGCCACACAGUGGAGGAAGGGGGGAAGGAGGUUGGAAUGCUUUACUAGACACAACAGAGAGCUUUCUUGUGAGAACCAAGGUCAUCUCUACUAGCAAUGGAUAAGGUUGGGAAAGGAGUGCCUGCCAAUUAACCCAAUUGGCCAACAUGACCUGUGAUAUUUGGGGAUGGGGUUAUUUCCUAGUUUAAUUAUACUGAAACCGCGGGAAAUAUUUAGAAUUGAUUUUCCUUUGAAGCUAUGCCGAUAUGAUGUACUAAAUAAAGAAGAGUUCUGAUUUGCUUGG